UUUGCAACGUCAAAGUCAUUGCCAUUUGCAACCUUGAAAUAUACAUGUCAUGAGUUAAUGGCCGAGCACAGCCCUUAUCUAUCUGAUUGGAAGUACAGUGUGGAAUAUGAAACAAAGCCCAGAGUGCACCAAUACCUCGCGGGAGAAGCAGACAAUGCCGGGACAGUAGGAGUAAGCGCUCAGAUGGAAGCGAUGAAUCAGAGUCUGACUAAGAUCAACGGUCCAUGAUGUUGAACUUCCCUGAGUGGAAUUCUGGUGUAGACGUUUGUGAUGAUGCUAAAGGAUAAUAUGCAAUGAGUGACGUCAAAAGUGUGGAAGAGUGGAAAUCGAAAU